AUGGCGCCUACUCCGCAAACGGCGCCCAGAGAGGUCAUCGACCUCGUCUCGGACGACGAUGACGACGCCGUGCGGCAGGUUCAACCGCGGCUACCGGCUCCUCCGUCUGCCCUCGAAAAUGGCACCGUCAACCGCGUCGUCAACAGCUUCGGGGACUUCGUGCCGCCUGGCGGUCCCCCGUCCCACCGCAGUGCGCAUGCGCACCCCUACGUACCACCUCUUCCUUCACAAGAACAAAUGUUCUACCGGCGUCACGCCCCCAGUACUUCUGCUUACGCCCCCUCGCCACCGGCAAAACGGCAGAAACUUUCAGAACCACCGCGGGGGAUGGUGGACGACGAGCAAGUAAUUACGAAAUCUGUCGGCAUACACCUUUCUUCCUAUGCGAGGAAUGCUGUUGAAGCGCUCAACAACAAGAAUGUAGAUGAUGAUAAGCUCAAAGCAGAAAUCCAAAAAGCCCUAACAGACCAAUUCGAAACCGUAAUUCGAGAGAAUGGGCGCCUUCCUGAUGGACUGGUCAGCCUUGCCACUCAACGUGCGAGAACGUUGGCUAAGAACUUCGCUGGUCUUCCGGGCUUUCGACGGACGCAAUUUGCUCACUCGCCCCCAAGCAAACCCCUGCCGGCCCAACAGCACACACUGCCUCCUUCUCGAGCUUCCGGACUUGUGAACGGCCACCCUGUUGCUGCUCGACCGCCCGCUGCCUCCACCUCUUCACCGCUUCCCAGCGGGUUGCCCUCUGUUACCGCGCCCACGCCUGUUCGAAAUCCAGCGCAGAACCUCUCUAGCCUUCCGACUACCGUCAACAAGCCGCAGGAGAACCAGGUCAGGGAGCCGAUCGCACAGCAUGUCGUCACGUCAAACACACAGUCCCAGGAUGUGCUUCCACGGACCUCUCAACCUCCAACUGCACCCCGUGCUAUGCGGCCACGUACACCUCCCUCCUCGAAAAGAGCGAGAUCCGCUGCAAAAACGGCCCCGACAUCCCCGGCAAACUUCCGUUCCCGUGCUAAGGUCGCGGCUUGGAAGUCCAACAAAGAUAGUCACGAUAUGAACGAGCGAUCCACUUCAGUCUACUUCUCCCUCGAGCAACGUCCAUAUCUUCAAGCGGAGGUACGGCAAGAGAUCUUGAAGGGUAGUGGCCGGCUGAGUAAGAUGCAGCCGGGUGAAUUGGACAAGCCACAUAUUUUCCACGUGGACUUCACUCUCGAGGAAGCUCGUAAGCUCCAGAUGGUGGCGCUCCAGGUGGCGGCUCGACGGGUGACAGGGUCCGUUAAGAAGUACGACGACCCGGUUAAGGGCCUGGCGAAGCUGCUGAGAAAGCUGGAACGCCCUGAAAAUAUCGAGUUCCUGAUCCGCCAGCUCGAACUCGAGAUCGAAACCAGAACCAGAUCAGACAUCGCUAACUUCCUUUCUGAUGUAAUGCAAAAGAAAGCUAGGACUCAGGACCCACGCGUACUGUCAAUAGAGAAAGAUGUCUUUGACAAGCGCAGCGAAGCCCUGCGCGAUAGCCGCCUUUCUUCGCUUCUCAUGGCGCGGGAGGUCACCGGAAACCGCUUCAGAACAACUCGAAUGAGAGACCUCACAAAUGAGUUCCGCAAAAGUCUUGAAGACGGUCUCGAGCUCCGGUCAGAGUUCACCAACUGCGCUGGGGAUAUCUCUGCAGUCAGCUGGGUAUCCAGCUCUGCGUAUAUCGCCGGUACCACGGCGCAUAUGGACUCGCACAACCAGCAGUAUAAUAAGCCUGGAAACCUUCUGCUAGGCUCGGUUGCUCCGGCGCUCACUAAGCUGAAGUCUUAUUCCAACCACCGCAUUCCUCGUCCGAUUGUCGAGAAGGGCGAGAACUCAACAGAUGAGAUGCGCGAGUCUCAAGACCCAUGGCUUUACACCUCUGUUGUCUCGUCAGACCACGAUCCAAUACACGACCGGACGUACACCUCUGGUUUCGAUCGGAGCGCCAAGAUCUGGCAAGUCGACAAGUCAGGGCUCUCGAUGCGAUGUGUUGGCACCUGGAUGCACAAUGGCUUCGUCAACUUCGUCCAAGCCUCCCAACUGGCACAUCCAACGGGUUUAGUAGCCACUGCUGCCGACGUGCCGACUGAGGCUGUCAGAAUCUACACUAUCAACCCAGAGAAUAUUUCAAACAGUCCAUAUGCAUCAUUCUCGGCUACUAGGGUACCCGACGCAGAUGGAAGUUUCUCAACCAAGUGGACAUACUUCCCGUCGACGAUGAAGUGGGGCGUCGAGGAGAGCGUCCGUCAUCUUUUGCUGGUUGGCUUCUCCCCGCGUAGUCUUACAGACGAUGAAAACGAUAUCCCCGAGGAUCGCCUGAACACCGGCGAGCUGUGUCUGUGGGAUAGCAUCACGGGACAGGCGGUUCGCAUUCCGGGUGCAAAUUCCCAAAAUGUCUUUGAGGUGCAGUGGCACCCGUAUCGGCCCGAGUUCAUUGCGGCGUCAUCACCGGCAGGCGAAUUCGAUACCGAUAUUCGAACACAAGUCAGGAUCUUUGUUAGAGACAAGACGUCUGGAUACGAUGUUCAAUUCAAGUUCUUGAAGUCCUUCGAUUGCACCGCUCACGAUAUCAACGAGCUUACCAUCAUGCCGAAUAGCCCUGCGUUCUUCUACAUCACGGCCGGUUGUACGGAUGGCAAGACCUAUGUGUGGGACUCAGCACAGCCAGAGAGUCUACUAAGGAGACCUAUUCAUGUGCUCGCUCACGGACCGCCUUUAGAGGGCAUCACUGUGGGUGAUAACGAAGACGAUACCGGCGUGAAAUUCACAGCUUGGGCGGCGUCGAUGGAUCGGUUUUACACGGGGUCUUCGGAUGGAGUAGUCAAGGUUUGGAACAUCCGAGGAAAAGAAGCCAAAGGCAGAGUCAUCCUCGAGGCACCGGCCCAGAUCUCACACGGCGCAUUCUCGCCCGACUACUCAAAACUCGUGAUCGGCGAUGCAAGCGGGCGCGUCUUCAUCUUGUCUGUCGGCGAAGACGAGGAGAAACCCCCGUCGUUUGUCAGCCUGCCUGGCCCUCCGGGGCUGGGCGCGACGACCCGGCGCAGACCAACGCCCAUCACGCCGCACCCCGAGCCGCCACCUCCGCCGCAGCUCCUCCAAAGACGGGAGACUAGCUAUGAUCCGGGCCGCGCCUAUGUCACCGCGCGGCAGCUGAAGUUCAGCGGAGAUCCCACCGUGGGAAUGGUCCAGGACGUCAACUACGCAGACACGGGGCUGUUUCAACGUGAGGCACACGCCGAGUACGACCCGACGAGAGAACUUAUGGCGUACGUUGAGAGCAAGCAGCAGAUCAAUUCCAAGCUGUUCGCCAAGGCCCCCAUCCGCACCAGGCGUGUGAAGAGGAUUGGCCUCUCCGGCGAGGACGCCGACCACAUGGAUGUUGAUGGAGAAAAGCUACAGGCGGACGAGGUGGCGAGGCGGCACGAGGAGAACCGCAAGCUUGACCUGGACUUUGAAGGGCUGAGCCUCGAGACCCGGGAGGCACUCGAAAGAGACCGCGUCCCUUUGCAGGAGCUUCGCGAUGGCGUGGAGUACUGUGGGCUCGGGUAUAUUGAUGAGGUCGAGGAGAACCUCAAGAAGGGUGUCGUCGACCGGAAGAAGGAGGAAGACGACGGCAUGGGCUUCUGA